AUGAUGAUGAUGCUCGUAAACUCUAAAGAUCAUACUAAUCACAAUAAUGGUAAUGAUCAGGGUAAUACAAACAACGUACACGUCACACUUGAUAUUGACAAACCUGUUGCUACUAGUAAUGAAAAUUCUGCUUCUGAACAAGAGCAGUCAAAUAGUGUUGCAGAUAAUGAUAAUUUUAAACCUGUAAAAGCUUAUUCAAAUAAAGGCACUUAUGAAGAACUUGUAGCAAAAUAUAAUAAAGAUCAUCCAGAUAAACCUUACAAUCCUGAUGCUGUACAAGAUGGAAAUACUGCACCUGAUACUGCAGACGCUGAUGUACACGGCGAUACCAAUCACGGAGCAGGAAAAAUAUUCAACUAUGGUAGAGGUAAUAUCAAAGAACAAUUAAACGAUCCAAAUCUCAAGGUAUACAAUUAUAAUGAGUAUAAUGAUAACGGUGGCGGUUACGGUAGUGGUUACAAUGGCGGUAGAGAUGGUGGUUACGGUAGAGGUUACGGUAGUGGUUACGGUAGCAGUUAUAGUAGCGGUAAAGAUGGCGGUUAUAGUAGCGGUUACAAUGGCGGUAAAGGUGGUGGUUAUAGUAGCGGUUACAAUGGCGGUAAUGAUGACGGUUACGGUAGCAGUUAUAGUAGCGAUAAAAAUGGCGGUUACGGUCGGGGUUACGGUAGUAGUUAUAGUAGCAGUUACAAUAGCGGUAACGGUGGCGGUUACAAUGGCCGUAAAUAUAGCGGUUACGGUAGCAGUUAUAGUAGAGGUAAAGAUGGCGGUUAUGGUGGGGGUUACGGUAGUAGUUAUAGUAGCAGUUACAAUAGCGAAAACGGUGGCGGUUACAAUGGCCGUAAAUAUAGCGGUUACGGUAGCAGUUAUAGUAGCGAUAAAAAUGGCGGUUACGGUAGCGGUUAUAGUAGAAGUAAAGAUGGCGGUUAUGGUAGGGGUUACGGUAGCAUUUACAAUAGCGAUAACGGUGGCGGCUACGGUAGUGGUUACAGUGGCGGUAAAUAUGGCGGUUACGGUAGCAGUUAUAGUAGCGGUUAUAAUGGCGGUAACAGUGGCGGUUACGGUAGCGGUUACAGUGACGGUAACAGAUAUAACUAA